CGGUCGGGCAACUCAGGUAGCAGCUGUGUACAGAUGAACACGCAGACGUUUUCCUUGGAACUGCGAUUGUUUGUACAUGUACAUUGAAUUGUGACUUUCUCAUCGUUUUAUUGCUCUUUGUUAAAAUAUUAAAUUUCUAUUUUUAAAACUGAAUUAAAAGCAACAGAUGAAUGUAUAUUGAAGUGAAGAGUGCGCGAAUCAUAUAAUCUGCUAUAUCUAGGCGAUAUGUUUACUAAAAUUCGUUCGUUGUUAUUGUGACUAUAAGACAAGUUGAAAUGCCUCGUGAAUACGUGGAUUGCGAAAAUAGUUCCAUGGUGUUAUGUCAAUAGGAUUUCUACGUGUAGCUAGCAAUUUUAAUUUUCUAUUGUUAGUGAAAAGCAUAAUUGGUAAAAAUGUCUUGUACUGUACCAACCAGUUCCGCUUUGAGAGCGUUGGCUUUAGAAUAUAAAAGUCUACAGGAGGAGCCUGUUGAAGGUUUUAGAGUGAAGUUAUUGGGUGAGGACAAUUUGUUUGAAUGGGAAGUUGCAAUAUUCGGACCUCCAGACACGCUAUACCAGGGCGGAUAUUUCAAGGCACAUAUGAAGUUCCCACCAGACUACCCAUAUUCACCUCCGUCUAUUAGGUUUCUAACAAAAGUGUGGCAUCCAAAUGUUUAUGAGAACGGUGAUCUAUGCAUAUCAAUCCUCCAUCCGCCGGUGGACGAUCCUCAGUCAGGCGAAUUGCCUUGCGAGCGCUGGAACCCCACGCAGUCCGUCCGCACCGUGCUGCUCUCAGUCAUAUCACUCCUAAACGAGCCGAACACAUUCAGCCCUGCGAACGUCGACGCGAGCGUCAUGUACCGCCGCUGGCGCGACUCUAAGGGCAAGGAUAAGGAAUAUGAAAACAUAAUAAGGAAACAAGCCCAAGUGGCACGUAUGGAAGCGGAGAAGGAAGGAAUAGUCGUACCUCUAACAUUAGAAGACUAUUGUAUCAAAACGGUAAAGUCGACGACACAGGAGCCACAGUUGGACAUGACAGACUUCUACGAUGAUGAUUACGAUGAUCUCGACACCGAUUCCGAAGAGGAACUGGAGGGUGGAGAGGACGGAGACGACAGCGGCAACGGCGAAUCGUGAUACGAUAAAGAGAUCUCACGCGACAGACGGACCACCAGACAGAUAUAAUAUUAUACAUUGGCAUUUGUAUACAUGUAUGAUUUAACGACAGCACAAUUCUGAUUAUACUGGAUCCUGGAGUUUUGAAAGGCCCAAGCUAGCAGGCUGAUUGUGUAUGAACACAAAUCGUGCAAUCUCUUAUAAAAUCUUUAUAUAUAUUUCUUCUGUGCGUGUGUUUGUCACUUUACUCCUCCUAAACAGCUGGACCGGUUUGGUUAAAAUUUUGUACGUAUAUUUCUAUGGUUUCGUGGAUUGUUUGAAAACAAUUGGACCCGGUAGGUGGCGCUUCUAUCUGUAUGUCAGCAAUCAAAUUUGGUAUCUGUAUUCCGUUCAGGACAAGGUCUGCCGGGUCCGCUUGUACAAUAUAUAAUUCACAACACUGAAACACAUGAAAUAAGUUAUAUGAAUUGGAUCAAGCUUAGAAUUGAGACCAUAAAUAAAUAAUGAUAAAGUAACUACAUGACCAAAAUAAAAAUAUUUCUAUCUGGUACAUUAAUUUCAGCAAAGAUAAUUUUAGGCAAACAUUACAGUUCACACACCUUGUAUCUUGUAUGCGAUUGUCUUGACACCAAUCCAAUCAUCAAUUUUUGUAUGUCAAUCAUAACCAAAACAGGGUGUUGGGUACAUAUAAACAUUAAAUACAUGGCUCUAUGUUAAAAAUAUUAUAUAUAUAUAUUUGUUUCAUACUUGUACCAGUAAAAUUACACAAAUUCGACAUUUAGCAAAUCAAUAACUUGACAUUCUCUUGUUGCCAAUGCAGUUAUCAUUAUUACUUACGAAUAUUUAGUUUUAAUAAUACUAUGACUUAUUUUACGUAUCGUAUUUCUGUUGACCAGAAGCCAUAGGUAUAUCAUAAUGUGUUGAAUAAUUGUAAAAAUCGUUACAAUGGUAUUUGGUUAAUAAACAUACCAUACUUGUAUGAUUAAUGUUCUAUCAAAUGCCGAUUUUAAUAUUGUGUCUGAAAAAGUCCGCCUCUAGCCAAAAUUUAAACUUGUAUAGUUUAUUUUAUAAUUCAAUAAGUCAUUUACUUUUUUAUAUUAGUUAUCUUAAAACUGCUAGGGCCUAGUAGUAAUUAGUAGACCAAUUAUUUUCAAUUAGACUAUCUUAAUUUUUAUUGAAAGUUCUGUGAUUUAUUGACCACUAUUGGAGCUGUUUACACGAAAAUGUUUGUUUAAAUCGAAUUCAAUCGAUUUAAAUUAUUUUAAUUCAGUUUUUUAAACAUAUAUAAAUAUUUACAUACAUGCAAUAAUACAAGUUGUAUAACACCGGACGGAAAAAUUAAGACAUCACAAUGUAAUUUAUUCUUCUAUGAAGCAAUGUAAAUAAACUAUGUUUAAAACAUUUCGAAUGAUGGAAUUAAAAAUGUACAGAGAUUAAAUGAUUGUAGCAUUGAACUAUAAUUCGAAAAUAGAUAUGCUCAAAUCAAAAUGUGUAUAAUAUGAUAAUAAUAAAAUUACUUCAAUACAUUUAGAUUGUAAUCGAGGAGUACAUGCAUAUAUUAUCUUAAUAAUUAAUUAUACAUUAACGAAAUUAUUUAAUAAAAAAUGUAGUUGUAAUUAUUAGUACACUAAGCUAAAUUAACGUAAUAGUGAACAAAUUAAGCUGAUCAAAAAUUUCAAUAAUAUUACUCUCUAAAAAUGACUUUUAUCAUUACUCUCGUGGAAUAUAUAUUGGCUAUAUAUGUGUAAUACAUUUUUAGGAUUAUUCUCAUUUAUUCCUAAUAUUUUGUCCUAUAAUUAAAAAAAAAAAACAUGAUUAUGGUAUAGUAAAAAUAUAUUUUUGAAAUUAAUACGAAAAUCUUAAAUAAUCUAGGCUUUAGGACAAGGGACAGGGAUAAAUAAGAAUAAACAGAAAUUUACGAUGCUUUUGAUUUUAACUAGAAAGUUAUGUAACUACAAUUAUUUGUAGGUGUUAGAGUGAAUUUGUAUUGCAUAUUCCUUAUUAUAUUCAAUGUCAAUCAAAAAAUAGUGAUAAUCUCAUUGGACUUAGUAAAACAGUUCUCGCCGCUUUUGUCUUAAUUUCAAUAGAAGUUUAUGAAAUCGUCCGAAAUUAAAAUAGUAAUUUAGAUUAAGUAAUUAUAAGUGGUUUGGAAAAUUUCUGUAGAAGGUUACGAAAACAAAAUGUUAAAUGCGUAAAGAUAUUCGAUAAUAAACUGCAUGUGUUUGGAUGCGAA